AUGCCAAAGCGUGAGCGCUCCGGGGAUGUGACCCGUGAAGGCUGCUCUAACGCAGUCGCUCGAGUCGUCAACAAGCUAGGAGGAGUUCAGUUUGACAUUGACCUGCCCAACAAAAAGGUCUGCAUCAGCUCUGAGCACGGCGUGGACGCUUUGCUGGAGACCCUGGGGAAAACAGGAAAGGCUGUCUCCUACCUUGGCCCCAAGUAGAGAGGACCCAUCCGGCAGCCUGUAGGAUGGACCCACAUGGGCAGGACGCUGAUCCUCGCUGGCCUUCCAGACAGAUCUAGGACCUGGCAAUCCCUCUCAGCGAUGGUAGUUCCUGCGGAGACCCUCAUUUACCCUGCUCCUCUGUAGCUCUC